AUGAAGUUCAACGUUGCAAAUCCCACCACUGGAUGCCAGAAGAAGCUUGAGAUCGAUGAUGAUCAGAAACUGCGUGCGUUUUGGGACAAGAGGAUUUCACAAGAGGUCAAUGGAGAUGCCCUCGGUGAGGAAUUUAAAGGUUAUGUCUUUAAAAUUACUGGAGGUUGUGACAAACAAGGAUUUCCAAUGAAGCAGGGAGUGCUGACCCCUGGCCGUGUUCGUCUUUUGCUUCACAGGGGAACUCCUUGCUUUCGUGGACACGGAAGGCGUAAUGGUGAGCGCAGAAGGAAAUCUGUUCGUGGAUGCAUUGUCAGCCCAGACCUCUCUGUUCUGAACUUGGUAAUUGUGAAGAAGGGUGAAAAUGAUUUACCUGGUCUGACAGAUGUUGAGAAGCCAAGGAUGCGAGGUCCGAAGAGAGCAUCCAAAAUCCGUAAGCUUUUCAACUUGUCUAAGGAGGAUGAUGUGAGGAAGUAUGUCAACACCUACCGUAGAACAUUUACAACAAAAGCUGGGAAGAAGCAGAGCAAAGCUCCCAAGAUUCAACGUCUGGUUACUCCUCUCACACUCCAAAGAAAGCGAGCAAGAAUUGCCGAUAAGAAGAAGAGAAUCGCCAAGGCAAAAUCAGAGGCGGCUGAUUACCAAAAGCUUCUUGCUUCAAGGUUGAAGGAGCAGAGGGAGCGCCGCAGUGAGAGUUUAGCCAAAAAGAGAUCCCGGAUUUCUACUGCUACCAAGCCAACUGUCACUGCAUAG